UGACCAAUGACAGGCUGAUCCGUCGUCCACGUUGGUGUGCGUCAUUACGCAUGAACCAAGCUCUGAUAUUGUGGAGAGAGAGAGAGAGAGACGCACGGCAAAGUAGUUUUGAGGAGAGAGAGAGAGAGAGACGCACGAAAAGUUGUUUUGAAGGAUACACAGAGAAACACAGAGAAAAAUGGAUCGUCAGAGAAACAUGGAUGCAAAUCAAGCGCUGGCCUUUUUUGAUGCCAUGCAGGAUGAUGGAUUUUCAGGAGAAGAGAGCUUUUUGACAGAUGAGGAACUAGAUUACCAGGAUGGUCUAGACCCCGCUGAAGAUCGUGAUAAUGAAGAAGACACCAGCCCACCCACUCAAGCCAGACAGGAAAGCUCCCAUUCUUCCGCUGAGGAGGGCCCUUCCACUUCUGCUGCAGCAUCCCAGCAGCUGCCAGGAAUGGGUCAUGGAAGGCUGCAGUCACGGUCACGAGGGAGAGCGCGGUCAAGGUCAAGAUCCAGAUCCAGAUCCGGCAGCUUGAGGGGUCGACAGAGUUCUGAAUCCACUAGGUCGAGUUCUAGAUCACCACAGCCAGCAGCCCCAACUCCAUCAUGGAACAGUGAGAGUCAGCCAGACAUCCCUCCAGUGCCCAAAAGGUUCGUCCCAACAAGAAAGCCAGGACAUCAGCUCAGCCCCACAUCCAUAUACACACCAUUGGACCUUUUCAAACUUUUUGUCAGUGACAGUGCAGCAACCACUUUGUGUAAUAACACAAACACAAAUGCUGCAAAAAACAUUGCCAGUGGCAAAAAAUAUUCCUGGAAAAACUUCACUGUUGAAGAAUUUUUCAAAUAUUUAGGACUGACUUUCUUUUUUGCACUGGUGAGACUGACAAAUAUCCGGGACUACUGGAGGACAAAUACCAUUUUCAGCCAACAGUUUCCCCACUCAGUGAUGGCACGUGACAGGUAUCAGGUCAUUUCCUGGAACAUCCACAUGAGCGACCCUGAUGAAGAUGUCCACAACGACCGGAAGAGAGGGACACCAGUUUAUGAAGCCCCUUUUAGAUGA